GAUGAAACAAAGUUGGGGUAAAUUAUAUUUUCGUGUGGGAGAGAAACAGCAAACGAAAGAGGCAAUCUCCGGCGGGGAAGAUGAAGGCUUUCAAGGAAGAGUUCUCGUUCGAUGAAAGGCUCGCCGAAUCGCGGGAGAUCAUCGCAAAGUAUCCUACUCGUGUUCCAGUAAUUGCUGAGAAGUAUUCCAAAACUGAUCUGCCUGAGAUUGAGAAGAAAAAGUUUCUGGUUCCGAGAGACAUGUCGAUUGGACAAUUCAUAUACAUUCUGAGCGCGAGGCUGCACUUGCCUCCCGGCAAAGCCCUAUUCGUCUUCGUCAACAACACUCUGCCUCAAACCGCUGCUUUAAUGGACUCUGUGUUCGAAUCCUACAAAGACGACGAUGGCUUCCUUUACAUUUGCUACAGCAGCGAGAAAACCUUCGGUUGAAUUGAAUCUUAUUAUAUAUGAUGUGCCCUUAAUGUUUGUAUUUACUGCACUUGGGGACAUAAGCUCGCUUCUUCAUCAGAAACCUUCUCUAUUUUAAAAAAAAAAAGCUUGAUACUGCUUCAUCUGUAAGCUUUGAAUGUAAAUCUGUAGUUACGCAUC